CUUUGACAGAUACAAUUGCCAGAUGGAUAAAGCUAUGUCUUAAUGAAACUUCAAGCGAAUUAACUGCUAAAGAUACUCGGGUUAUUGCUGCCUUUCUUGCUCAAAACAAUGGAGUUGAACUUGCUUCCAUUUUAGGAAUAUAUAAUUGGUCAAGUAACACAAGGCAAUUUUACAAGGUUUCAUGCUCUGAAGAAGUACUUGAUAUGCAUUACAAUCUCGAGCAAAUGCAUUUAUACAAAUGCCUGAAUAUUAUGAAAGACAUUUGGAAAUAUAUGA